GGCUCGACUGAUAACGCAUUGUGUAGGUAGACUUGAGUUUUGUUAUGUUAUUUACAUUAUGAUUAUAACACAUACGUUUGGCAUAAAUAGAAUAAUUUUGAAGCAUACUUGUUGAUCGAUUGUUAUAAUUUGGCUUUCAUCUACAGCCCGAAUUAAUUAUGUAGAUAAUCUAAUAAAACUAGUCGUACAGACAUAACCUCAAAAAGUUCAUUGCAGAGACUAGAAUCGUACAGAGUUGAAAUAUUUUGACUUCUAAAUUUUUGAAUAAUGGGGUUAAAGUUCUGUGCCAAUCUCUCAUUCAUGUUCCAACAUGAAACGCCAUCGCUUUUGGAGCGCUAUGGACUAGCGAGUAGAGCAGGAUUCAAAGCGGUCGAAUGUGCAUUUCCGUACGACUACAAGAUAGACGAUUUAGUGAAAGCUCAGAAAAACGCUAACGUGGAACAAGUUCUAGUGAAUGUAUAUCCUGGCGACUCGUUGGGAUUCGCGGCGAUUCCAGGCAAAGAGAAAGAUUUCGAGAAAUCGUUGAACUCAGCCAUCCAGUAUGCAAAGGCAUUGAAUUGCGGCAAGAUUCAUAUAAUGUCGGGAAAAGUUGAGGAAGUGAGUCCAAUCAACGAGGAAGUUUGUUUGAAAAACCUGACACUAGCUUCGAAAUUGUUAGCAUCUGAAAAUAUUGUUGGACUAAUAGAGCCGAUAAACCAAUGGUCGGUUCCCAAUUAUUUUCUGAACAACUAUGAGAAAGCUGUAGAGUUCAUAAAGAAAAUUGAUAGUCCGUCAUUGAAGUUGCAACUGGACAUUUUCCACCUCCAGCAGAUCAAGGGGAAUCUAACAAGAAACAUUGAGCAGUUACUGCCUUAUACCGGUCACAUUCAAAUAGCCCAAGUGCCCAAAAGGGGCGAGCCCAAUACUCCAGGUGAAAUAAACUAUCCCUUUGUGUUUUCUGUUUUGAAGGAGCAGAAUUACAGCGGUUUUAUUGGCCUGGAAUACAUUCCGGCUACUGGAACAGUUGAGGGGCUUAAUUGGCUCAAAGAAUACGGGUUUACUUUGUGAGAUAAAAGAUUGUAUCAAUAUGAGAUAGUUGUCUUCUCUUUAAUUUAAUUGAGCCUACAUGCUUGGGUGUGGCUGAUUUUAUGAGAUGAAACGUCCAUGCCUACCGGCGGCAUUCGAACCCACGACCAGACAGUGCUAGCAGACUGAAGGCUGUAACUCCCCAGACCACUAGAUCAGUCUAGCCGACUCUUAUGUAAACACUGUUGAACAUGUUCAAGCGGAGAAAAUGAAGUGUGUAUGAGAAUAUCAAAACUAUUUUUGUACAGUAUCGAGGAAUAGAAAAUUUUGAAUUUGAGGAUAAUUAAAUUUUAAAAUGAUGGAACA